UUCAGAUGUCUGAUUUAAGGGUCCGCUCCAGUUUAGACUUCACUCCUGAGAAUGACUUUAUACCUCAUUCAAAAGAUAUCGAACGGUUUAAAACCAAAGCUGAGAAACGAAACCAGAUCUUACAGGCUCAGAAUAGCAAGUUUCAUUGAGAAAUUUAGAACGAUGAAGAAUGAAAGUUUUGAUCACUCAGGGAGGUUUGAAGAGCAAAAAGCUCCCAGAGAUUUAAGCUAUUCAGAGAAGACUUUUGCUAAUAUCCUCGCACCAAACCCAAGGUCAAGGGAAAGAUUCUAUAUGCCUUCUAUUAAUUUGCUAAACCAUAAGAACUUAAGAUCGAAUGAGCGGAAGAAUGGUAAAGUUAGGAACAUAAAUGCUGAAUUAGUUAAAAAUCGAUCAAUGAUAAGCUCUCCCUUAAAAAUUUCGAAGAUAUCACACAGUCCUGAAAGGCAAAAUAAUGAAUAUUCUCAGGGCAAAUGAUACUGGCUCAGUAUGAGUGAGGCAGUUAAGAGAAAUAAUUUAGAAGACUCUAUUAUUAGCUCUUUUGCUAAUGAUUAUAUCCAAGGGUCUUUAAGACAAAGGCGAGAGGUCCGUGAGGAUUCUCAGCCAGGCAAAUCUAGUAAGUUAUGGAAAGAGAAGAGGAGAAGUGUCAUUCAUCGCAAUAUUAAAGUAAAUAGCCAGCAUGUGUCACGUGACGAGGAUUACUGAAUACCUGAAAAAUCGAUACAUCAUACUGCAUCCAAAAUUACAAAUAAAAUAUCACUCCCAAUUGAAAUUCCGCUGAAUAUUUUGAAGGAGACCCAGACUCUCUCGUUACAAGGAUGACUGAGAGAGAAGGAGAAGAUUGUUUAUCCAAAGAACUUGCAGCAAGAUGGUAUUUCUGAAAGCUCCAAUGAAGAUGACCCUCAGCUUAUUUACAGCAAAAACCCUCUAUAUAACCCUCAAGAAAGUACGAACAAGAGCAUGAAUGAGUCAAUUAAAGUUCACUUGAGGUAUAAACCAAAUGUUAUUUCAGAGAAUAUCCAUAAAGUGUCCCAUCCAGAGCUUUUCAAUCAAUAUCGAAAGAAUAAUCGAAGAUAUUCUAUAGACUCUAUGCUUGUUAGGAGUAGAAUUGGGAAAGAAUCUAGUCCUUCGGUUAGAAUUGAUUUACCAAAAGUAGAGCGAAAGUUAUUCCCUCCUCAAUCAGUCAAUUCCAAAGAGAUUCAUUCGGAUACCAAGAAUAAGGCUCCUAUUGAUAUAUUUCAUCAAAGCAGGAGGAUCUUGAAGGUACAUUUGAAGAAGAUAGAAUUCGAUAAAUAAAACAAUAGUGAAGUCAAAUCUAUCUUAUUUAGCGAAUACUCAUUAUCAAAACUAAAUUUUAUCAACAAUUUAUAC